CCAGAGAGUCCUCUUGCCCCGUCGUAGAGAGCUGUCGACGGCAGACCUCAGCCCUCCUGACCGCCCCCGAGGUCUCCCGCGACCUCUGCCGACCCAGAAUCUGGGACCUCGCGGAGCUGCUCCCCGCCCUCUCGCCCCAGGGUUUCCCCACGCCCACGGAGGUGAAUCAGCUGUGGGCCUGCCCGCGAGGAGCUCACAGUCUAGCGUGGUAGACCGUGGUCAGCAGAUGUGUCCAGCCCAGUGAGAGGCAGGUGCUUGUGUGCCCACGGCUGCCAGGUUUAAAGCAGAACAUGUGUGCAGAAUAGACGCGGCUUUCCUCCACAGCCUUUCUGGGGCCACAGGACAAGGCGCUAUUUGAGUGGCCACACUGUUCUGUAUUCUGCCUCUCAGGACCUCCUGUGCUGGCCAUGCCUGUGCCCACAGAGGGCACCCCGACACCCCUGAGUGGCACCCCCAUCCCCGUCCCGGCCUACUUCCGCCACGCAGAACCUGGUUUCUCCCUCAAGAGGCCCAGGGGGCUUAGUCGGAGCCUCCCACCCCGGCCCCCUGUCAAGGGCAGCAUUCCCAUCAGCCGCCUCUUCCCUCCGCGGACGCCGUGCUGGCAGCAGCCCCAGCCCCGGAGGGUGUCAUUCCAAGGCGAAGCCUCUGAGACCCUGCAGAGCCCUGGUUAUGACCCGAGCCGGCCCGAGUCCUUCUUCCAGCAGAGUUUCCAGAGGCUUGGCCGCCUGGGCCACGGCUCUUAUGGAGAAGUCUUCAAGGUGCGCUCCAAGGAAGACGGCCAGCUCUAUGCAGUAAAGCGCUCCAUGUCGCCAUUCCGGGGCCCCAAGGACCGGGCCCGCAAGCUGGCCGAGGUCAGUGGCCAUGAGAAAGUGGGGCAGCACCCAUGCUGUGUGCGGCUGGAGCAAGCCUGGGAGGAGGGCGGCAUCCUGUACCUGCAGACGGAGCUGUGUGGGCCCAACCUGCAGCAGCACUGUGAGGCCUGGGGUACCAGCUUGCCCGAGGCCCAGGUCUGGGGCUACCUGCGGGACAUCCUGCUCGCUCUGGCCCACCUGCAUAGCCAAGGCCUGGUCCACCUUGACAUCAAGCCUGCCAACAUCUUCCUGGGGCCCCGGGGCCACUGCAAGCUGGGUGACUUUGGGCUGUUGGUGGAGUUGGGUGCAUCCGGAGCCAGUGAGGCCCAGGAGGGAGACCCCCGCUACAUGGCCCCCGAGCUGCUGCACGGCUCCUAUGGGACAGCGGCCGACGUGUUCAGUCUGGGUCUCACCAUCCUAGAAGUGGCAUGCAACAUGGAGCUGCCGCAUGGUGGGGAGGGCUGGCAGCAGCUGCGCCAAGGCUACCUGCCCGCCGAGUUCACUGCAGGCCUGUCUUCUGAGCUGCGGUCUGUCCUCAUCAUGAUGCUCGAGCCUGACCCCAAGCUGCGGGCCACAGCUGAGGCCCUGCUGGCCCUGCCAAUGCUCAGGCAGCCGCGGCCCUGGAGCGUCCUGUGGUACAUGGCUGCUGAAGCCCUGAGUCGAGGGUGGGCCCUGUGGCAGGUAAGCCUGGUGACAGUGACAGGUUAUUCUGCCCUGCUCCCUGGCCCUGGGUCUGCCCAGCCUCCCUCAGCCCCCCUGUCCCCACAGGCCCUGCUUGCCCUGCUGUGUUGGCUCUGGCAUUGGCUGGCUCACCCUGCCAGCUGGCUGCAGCCCCCAGGCCCGCCGGCUACUCCGCCUGGCUCACCGCCCUGCAGCCUCCUCCUGGACAGCAGCCACUCCAGCAACUGGGAUGACGACAGCAUAGGGCCCUCGCUUUCUCCAGAGGCCAUGCUGGCCAGGGCCACCAGGAGCACCUCCACUCCCCGGAGCACACACACACUGAGGGAUGCCCUGGACCUAAGUGACAUUGACUCUGAGCCCCCUCACGGCUCCUUCCCCUCCUUUGAGCCACGGAACCUCCUCAGCAUGUUUGAGGACUCGCUGGGCCCCACCUGAGCCCCAGCCCAGCCUUGGCGCUUUUAACCU